AUGGGGGGGGGGGGGUCCAUGAGAGGGAGCAGCUGCCCUCCGGACAAUGAUGCUGGACUAGGAGGACGGUAGGUAGGAAGCCAAAGGGGCUGUGAUUGUGACAGAGUGCUCACAGGGUUCCUGUUUGGUCUGCGGCCGGAUAGGCAGAGCGAGCUGCAUGAGGAAACAGCUGCUUUGUGUGGAGAAUAGGGGCAUUUCUGCAAGUGCACGUCACACUUGUUACUGUACAAAUCAGAGCAUGCUGGUUUGUGUGUGGCUUGCAUGUGGCAUGGUGAUUAUUUGCUCCCAGUUUUCCCCAUAAGAGUUCAUCUUGACUGUUUGUUUUUUAUUCUUUUAGGAUCAUUUUAAUCUUGUGUCAUUUCUUCAUAAUUGAAAAGACUGUUUCACUGUCUGCAUGAUUGUCUGUCAGAAACCAACAUAUAUGCCUGGACAUCACUGAGUCUGGGCAGAAGACAAGUGGUUGAAGCAAUUGCGGAAGGAUGGCAGAGAAACAUAUCAGAAAUCACAUCCCCACGUGUCCUCUCUCCUGGUCCAAGGGAUGAGAUUUCUGAUGGAGAAGAGCGAAAUGUUUAAGAAACUGCUUUUUGCUACAUCAGAACCAAGGACAGGUGAGGGGAUGGGAUUUUGGAAUUGGGUGUCUGUCACCUUCUGGAAAUUACAUCACCUCCCUCUCUUUAUCCCUGGUCCAGAGAAUGCAAUUUCAAGGGGAUAAGAGAGAGUAGCCCAUAGACUGCUCUAGUCCAGGCAUUUUCGAAUACAAUUCAGAUUUAGGAUUGCAAUUUUGGAAGGAGAAGCAAAAAUGAAAUGGAUGUAGUGUUAAAAUUUGCCAGUGUUUACAAAUAUAUACAAGGUAUAUGCAUAUUUUUUUUGACAAAAGGGCAGCUCAGAGGGAAAGCGCAGGUGCCUGAUCACCUGUUCUUGUUAUUGUAAAAGCAGAGAUACCCACAUCCAUUGGCAAAUGAGACUCCGCUCCACCCAAUGUUUCUGUGCAAGAGGAAGUUAAAUGACAAUGGAGCGUACGAAGGGUCGCUGUUCCAGUGCUGCUGUGCAUUUAAAUGCAGCCUUCUGCUUUUACAAGUGAUCGUGCAGAGCCCUGUUUGUCAACAGAUUCCCAGGGGUACUCAUGCUUUGGGACGGUACUGGCGCAGCCUCCCCUAAUCCAGGGUCUGCUUGUCAGCAGUGACUGGCAGCCUGUGCCUGAUAAAUAUUGCAGCAGCAGCCGCCGAGCUUCCUGUAGAAAAGUAUGCGUAGCUCCCUGCUGUCCUUGACCCACAAUGCUUUGCAAUUCUAAUGGCCAACCUAUUCCUCAGGGAGGAAGGGGGCGGGGGAACUGUGCUGCUCUCUGUUCAAUAGCCCUGGUAAUGACAGCUCAAUAAAGAUCAGCAAUAAGCAGAUGAAUAAUGCAGCUGCUCCUUCAGCAAGCUUUGGGGGAGGGAAAUAUUGUUUUCCAGCACAGCUGGCUAGCUGAGUAUUUUUAUCCUACUGUUAUCAAAGAUUAAAUCACGUGUUUUCUGGGGGGAGUGCAUGGUGUUUGUUUACUGCAUCCAUAGGAUGUGGUGAUAUGCAUCCACUCCACUCUGUCUUAUACGCAGAAAAGGUUGGAGUCCUUUGUUUAAGAUUGUGAAAAAGGAUGUAAAAGAAAAAGUGUAACUUGCAAGUACUCUUUAAACGGAAUAAUAAUGGGACCAGGCAUUCAAGAUUAUCCCUUACUACUGCAACGAGGGACACUGAAAAAGGACAGCCAAAUCCAUGAAACCCACAAAGGAAUGGUAAUUUCCAGUGGUGGAAAGGGACAUCCAAGUGCCAAAGGACUAGAGAAACCACUUUCCCCUGUGAGACCUUCUCCCAGCAGCUUAAGCAAAAGUAUUUUAAAUACCACCAGAAAGACUUUCCAUUGCACCCAGGAUGACAGUCAACCAAGUUUUCUUUACAAGGAAAGAAACGGGCUAGAUGAGGCUCAUCAGCAAAACAGAAUGAUGAGCGUUUGCACAUCACUGUACAAAGUACAAGGGGCAAAGAAGGACCUCACGGAAAGAAGGCAAAGUGAAUCUGGACUACACAGAAUCCCUUCCAUUUUGAAGGGGAAUUCACAAGGUGGCUCCAGUAGGGCAGAAGAUGGACUGAUGCAAAGAUUUUAUUCCAGUCAAAAAGGAGAAACUCAAAGAAAUCUUGGAGAGCAUGUGACUGAAGCUGUCCCUUGCACUUCUAAAUAUCCAGGGACCUCUGUGAAUGAGAUGUUUCUUGACUUUCAGUCAGUGAGAAUUAUUCAAGAGGAUGCUGCUGAGGAUAGUGCCAGUGACCUUUCUGACUCAGAAAGAAUUCCUAUUCCCCCUUCCCCCUGCACACCGCCGGAACUCAACCUCAGAGCUGAAGAAAUUGACCCAGCAUGUUUUGAACGCCUCUUUGAUGCAGGUUAUAAAGAAUCAAUAUAUUAUUAUCCUGACUUCCUCCCACCUCCUUUCAACUCCUGGGACCUGCAGCAGCUGGCAGUGUUUGUUAACACAGAGUGUAAAUCGGAAUCUCGACCACAACCAGCAGGAUUUAUUGAGAAAUAUAUCGAUCGGCUUUUGCAGCUGGAGUGGCUGCAGGUGCAAACUAUACAGAACGAGAAAGGAAAGACAGCCAAAGCUAGGCCUCAGACGGCUCCUAGUAUCAUUCGGACCCUAAAAAGCCCUGGCAAAGGCAAAUCAUUGCAUAGCCCUUCACCUAACAAGCAGUUAACUCCCAAAGAAAGUGUUAUAAAGCUCCCCACCAGCCUUUCAGCUCACAGAAGAGAUGUACACUGUGAAGAAAAUAGCCAGUUAAAUGCAUAUCCAGGUCACUCAAAAGUUGCUGAGGUUAUGGGUGGCACGUCAGCCCCACAGAGACAUGCCUGUGAAAUGAGGAAUGAGGUGAAAAAGAGGUCAGCCACCAAGCAGCAACUUCUCAAUAUGCAGCCCUGUGCAAGCAGCUCUAAGAUUCGGGAUGUUGGUAUUCAGGAUAUUGGUAAUAUUAGACCCCUCAAACAGUCCCCCAAUUUCCAUAGUUCAGCUGCCCCCACCCAGGGGCGAAAAACACAGGCAUGUUCAAAUCUGAAGAAGAAUGGAAAUGCUAAUAAUUAUGUUCCUUCCAAGAAACCAACAGGGGACAAGAAGUUAAAAACAAAUGGUGUGAAGCAAACACCAUGUACAUUUAAAUAAUGAAGAAUAAUUAGUAAAUUGGCAAUGCAAUGCUGACUGCUGGAGAAUGGAGGGACCAUGGUUUUUCCUGGUCAGGAAAUCCUGUAGAAAAUUGCUGCAAAUUUCUGCACAUUUAAGUACAUUGGACCUUAAACUAGCAGGGCCAACAGGGAAUAUUUUUCUCUGAAGACAAAUGUCUUCCACUGGCCUUUACUCAAAGGGUAGACACUUGCUUAUGUAAGAAGAUUCUAGCGAAUAAGGUUAGGAAAACAUAAAAUGACUGAUUUCUUCUCACACUGACACCCAUGUAACUUCAUUGACUUCAGUGGAGUUACUCCUGAUUUACACUGGAGUAUAUGAGAGGAGAAUCAAAUCCAUACACUCUCCAUUGAGCAGACACACACAUGUGCCAUAUAGGGAGAGACAUAUUUGCUUUUCUUUCUGAUGGAGAAGAGUUUUGUUGAUUUUUAUAAGAGAAUGGAACUGGCCAGGCUCAUCUAUGCAAAGUUAAAGUCUCUGAUUCUUGAGUGAAGAGCACAAAAUCAGACUGGUUUGGGGAGCAGAGAAUGUUUUGAAGUAAUCUUCUGAGUCAGAAGAGAUUCUACUAGUUAAAAUCAUACCGCUGCUAAAGGAUUGACAUCUGCUCAUCUGGUGAUAGGCCAAGGAUAUGGCCUGAAUAUUUUUAUACAGCUACCUUUGUUGUAGUCUUAGACCAUUUUCCUUAAAGUCCACCUUGUAGGUCUUGCUGCUUUAUGUCAUUCAGAAGGUGACCCUCUUAAUGUUUUGAGCUAUUGCCACUCAAGCAAGAGAUCUUGGAGUCAUCCUGCUUAGUUCUCUGAAAACAUCUGCUCAGUGUGUAGUGGCAGCCAAAAAAGCUAAUAGAAUGUUAGGAACUGUUCAGACAAGGACAGAUAAGGCAGAAAAUAUCAUAUAAUGCCACUAUAUAAAUCCAUGGUACUGCCACACCUGGAAUACUGCAUGCAGUUCUGGUCACCUGUAACAGGGUGCACUCACCUCUCAUGAGCACCCCCUUGGCCAAGUGCACACACUUUGAUUGUCCCUCCUCUGGGAUAGAGCAGCACCCCAGGGCUCCCUCCCUAGAGACAAUGGCUUUGCCCUCUUGGGGCUUCCUGGCUACAGCUCUCCAUCUGGGUCACUAUAGUUCAGUUCCCCCUCUGGGGUGCCUCACUGUCCAGGCCACUUCCCCCCAGUGACUAAUGGGGGAUGAGGUGGGGGGGGACCCAGGCCCACCCACUACUCUGGGUCCCAGCUCAGGGACCCUGUAGAUUGCAGCCAUCUGCUGUAUUCCUUUAACUAUGUUGCACAGCUUCUCUAAUUCCCUGGGCCCCUUCUCCACAGCCCUGUGCUGUCUUCAUCCUUACCUCAGGACCUUGUCCUAACAGAGUCCCAGCAACCAGCUCAUGGUUCCUUGCUCUCCACAGCUUCUGGCAGCACUGCUCUGUCUGGGGUUCUGUAGCUCUGUCAGCCAGCCACAUACCAUCCACACUCCUACAGCUCCAGCAAGGAACUGAUCUUCCUCUGACCCUGCAGCUCUUCUUAUACGAGGCUGCUGGGCCCUGGUUGGCUGUAUCCCACACAGCCACUCUAGGCACUUUGGAGGACCCUCUCCACUGCCCUUUUUGUGGGCAGGGUAUGGCAGGGCCACGAGGCCUUCAGCAGGGGACCUCAGAGGGUUUGGUAUACUCCGUCACAUCAUCCCAUCUCAAAAAAAUGUUAGAAUUGGAAAAAGUACAGAGAAGGGCAACAAAAAUUAUUAAGGGCAUGGAACAACUUCCAUAUCA